CAAUGCCGAAUACAAGCCAGGGCAGUGAGGGCAGUCUUGUUCUUCCGACUGUACAAUACCAAAGACCUCUGAAUGACAAAGUGGUGAUAGUCCAAGUGUUUAUUGGCAUCUUCCUCUGCAUCAACUCCCUCAUGAUCGUGACCUUCUUUAAAAAAGAGGCCUUCUUCACCAACACACGAUACAUAUUCUUUGCUCACACACUGGUUUGUGACAGUAUGUUUCUGGCUCUGACUGAUGUAUUGCUGCUGAUGAGCUACUCCCAGGUACCAAUGCCAGGCGGGCUAUGUAUAUUUCUGAUUGUGAUCUUAGAAAACCUGACCGUUGCCACACCGCUGACACUGACAGCCAUGAGCCUGGAGCGCUAUAUAGCAAUCUGCAUGCCCCUGCACCACAGUGAACUCUCCACCCCGGUGAGGGCCAUGCGCUGCAUCCUACUUAUCCAGGCUCUCAGCUCUGUUGAAUGGAUCAUUGUGAUCUCCAUCCUCUUCUCGGCUGUACCUCUGAGCUUCUACACCUCUCCUCUAGUCUGCAGUUUCGAGCAGAUGAUUGUGUUCUCCUGGCAGGGCCACCUCACCUCGGCUCUGUGUCAGUUCAACUUCCUGGUCAUGUCCGUAGUCAUAGCUUUCACCUAUGUGAAGAUCAUGGUGGCUGCCCGAGCUGCCUCAUCAGACAGUAAGAAGUCCACCAAUAAGGGCCUGAGGACAGUUAUUCUCCAUGGCUUCCAGUUACUCCUUUGUUUGAUUCAGUUCUGGUGUCCUAUGAUAGAAUCGGCUAUAAUGAAGAUCAAUUUUAAUGUGUUUAUUCAGGUUAGGUAUAUUGACUAUAUUAUUUUUAUUCUUGCCCCUCGAUGUCUGUGUCCACUUGUGUAUGGAUUAAGGGAUAAGGAUUUUGUGGUGGUUAUGAAAUAUUAUGGCCUGUUUGGAUAUUCUAAAAAGGUAUUUAUAUUUAAUAUGGACAAGUCUAAUGAUGUAAAGGGAAAAAAACUCCCAUGCACACCUGUAAGGUAAAGGCGGGCCAUGUGUAAUACUGAAUUUGGUUUAUUGAGUCAAUUUUCUGUAAUCUGUAAAUGAGAGGAUGUAAAUGAGAGGAUCAAAAGGUAUCAUAUAUUUCAGGUGUUUAUGACCCAGUUUUGUUAUGGUUAUCUUAUGUUAUUUUAGGGGUGUCAAACAUUUACGGCCUGCAGAUUGAUUUCACACGUGUAAAAUCAAAGUAACUUUCUGUUAAUUUAGGUUUUUUUCACAGAUUUUUGGCCGUCCUAAUCUCUGCAGUAACAGAAAUGGUAUUUGACACCCCUGUUUUUUUCACAGAUUUUUGGCCGUCCUAAUCUCUGCAGUAACAGAAAUGGUAUUUGACACCCCUAUUUG